CUCCUCCUCCUCCUCCUCCUCCAAGACCAAGUCCAAGAGCACCACCUCCAGCAACAGCUCAAUCUACACCCUCGCGCCUGAAGUCGAAUCUCCUCCCAGCAUCUUCAUCCUCCCCAAGUCCGCCACCCCCCAAUCCCGCAUCGUCACCCUCCAGAACCCGCGCUAUGCCAAACCUACGCGCUACCUCGUCUGCCCCGACUCGGGCAGCUUCUACGAGUUCACCAAGAUCGCCGCGGCCCAACAGAAAUCCCCACGCAGCUGGCUAAUCGACAGCGCCAAACUCCCAGACGGCACCACCGCCAUCACCCCCGCGCAAACCGCAAAGGACUCGGAGCUCUACGUAGCCACGCAAAUCGACCCCCUCUUUCUCGUGCUGCCCGCCCUAGCAGCAGCAGACAAGAAGCAGCAGCGCAUGUUCCUCUCGAGCGACGACCACUUUGACGCCGUAUCGGAACAGGACAGUGACGGGAAGCGGCAGAACCACCUUUUGGAAGUGCUUAAAUGGCCUCAAGCGCGGAACCUGCUAGAGAAGCGUAUGGCGGCCGUUUGCGACACCGUAGAGGCGGGCGAUGAGACCAUGUUCCGGUUGAACGAGAGUAAACUCGUCGAGGAGCUAUUAUCGAAAGCCAAGCGCAUGAGUGAAGGUGGUCUGCCCAAGAGUAUGGAAGAGAAGUUUGUUGCGAAAGCAUUGGAGGCGCCGAUUGUGGGGAUUCGGACGACGGUGAUUUCGAGGUCGGAUACCACUGUGUCCACUGAGUCGCAAGAAGAGACGACGACCACCUCGUCCCUCUCCGAAGCCACCACCGCCGUCGCUACCCCCACCUCCACCUCCGGAGCCGGAACCGGAGCCGGAGCAGAAGUAGUCCCCUCCCUCAUCCCCACCCCGGAAAUCCUCAAUCUCCAACGUCUCCGCGUAUCCCUCAACUUCCUCACCUCCUCUUACCUCCCCCCAUCCCUCUCGUCACACCUCAAAUCUUCUCUGUCCAGUCCCUCAUCGGUGGACUUUACCCCCUUAGAUGCCUACCUCGCGCAAUUAGCCAAGCUCCGCCAAGAAGCGGUGGCGUCGCGGUCGCAUAGCGAUUUCUCGCGGAAGCGCAUAGCGGGAGACGAAGAAGAGGCGUUUGAGCGGGCCGAGAAGAGACGCAAAAAGGAAGAGGAAGAAAAGGCGAAAAAGGCGGGUGUGAGUCGGGGAGUCAAGGAGCUGGCCAAGGUGAACACAAGGGGGAUGAUGAAGUUGACGAGUUUUUUUCAGAAGAAGACGUAGCAGUUUUGUUUAGAUAGGGGAAUAGGGGAAAAGGGAAAAGGCAAUGAUAUAAUGUGGGAAGGAUCAUAAAAUGGCGUUUUUUUCUAAAGGUUUCAAUUAAAAG